CUGAAGCUUCAGAAGCGUACCUAAUUCCCACCCAGAGAAUUACUACUGGUUUUCUUGGCUUUAUUCAUCCUAAUUCUAUCUUUCAACUCCCACAAUUUCAUAAUAAAUCAAAGCUUUUAAUCAUAUAGUUUGUUUUGGUUUAAAAAUUGUCAUUAACAUAGGUAAAAAAAAUUUAUCAUUAACAUUGAAAAUUUUAUACUUUUGAUUUUGAAUAUAAAUACAAGUCUGUCAAUGCGUAUAACCUGUGGGUUUUUCGUCCUUCCCUUUCCCAGUUAACAUACUCCCCAUAUAUUUUGCAGAGCAAGUAAUUAGAGCAGCUAUCAGAACUCAGAAAGAAAUUUUCCCAUCUUUGCAAAAAGAAGACAGGGCAGUUUUUAUACAUAUAUCUAUAUAUAUAUAUAUAUAACCAGCUGCAAGUUGCUCUGACCAAUAUAUAUUUUCUAUUAACCCCAAGAGCCAGAGAUUAAUAAUUAAAAAAAAAACAAAAAAACAAAAAAACAAAAAUAAGCAUAAAGACUUGCUCAGAGAGAUUCCAGGUUGUGUUGGAUCAGAGAAAGUGAUGAAGUGUGAGCUCUGCGAUUCUGUGGCGAAGAUGUAUUGUGAAUCUGAUCAGGCUAGCUUGUGCUGGGAUUGUGAUGCUCAGGUUCACGGUGCAAACUUCCUUGUUGCUAAACAUUCGAGGACUCUGCUUUGCCAUGUCUGUCAAUCUUUAACACCCUGGAAUGGCACUGGACGCAAACUCGGCCCUACUGUUUCUGUUUGUGAAAAUUGCGUCAACAGGUUGAAGCAAAAUGAAGCCAUAAACCAAGCUAGAAAUCAAAGAAACGGCGAAGAGGACGAUGAUGAAGAUGAGGAUGAGGAUCAUGUAGAAGAUCACCUUGAAGAUGAUGAUGAUGAAGACGACGAUAACAGUGAUGGUGAUGAUGAUGAUGAUGGUGAUGAUGAUGGGGAUGGGGAUGGUGAUGGGGAUGGUGAUGAAGGCGAUGAAGAAAAUCAAGUAGUUCCAUGGUCAUCCACGCCACCUCCUCCAGUCUCUAGCUCUUCAACCAGUGAGGAAUGCCCAAACAGGUUGUGUAGCGGCGAAGAAAGCCAUUCGAAAUGGAAAGCAGCAUUUACCGAAUUUUGUGCUCAACAGAAUGAUCACGACCAUCGCUUACCAUCUCAAUUGAAACACAAAGGCCGUAAAAGAACAGAUAGGGAAUGCAGAAGUUGAGCGGAUCGACAUAACCACAACAUUCAAGGCAGAACAACAAAGACUAGGGCCAUUUUCUCUGUGUCUCAGUGAACUGAGAAAACCAUCCUAGACUCCAGAAGUUGUUGAUGACCUUUUUCUUAACUGACUAAUAGCUCCCCAAUUACAGGUAAAUAAAUCCCUUUUCUUCUUACUUCUUUGUUUCUCUAGAAAGUUAUUGUAACUUCAACUUUGAAGUAGUCGAUUCUCACAAGUCUGGUGAGCAAAAUAUUGUAAUGUGUGAAACGAGGUAUUAUUUUUACUUUCCUUUUGUUGUAAUGUGCAUCAUUUGGCUUUAGUCCAGAAAACUCCAAGUUACUACAUGCAUUUGUUAUCUUCCAUGCCUGAACCCCAAAAGGAUUAUAAUAAUAAUAU